AGCAGCACAACAGAACUUUCGGAUGUCGCAAUGAUGAAGCCCGCAAUAGGCAGACUGGCAAGUUCUAAGGCAUUCGAGUCAGAAUACGAUUACAUUCGUAGGAUGGAGGCACAGAGUGAUAUCGGAUUCUUCAAAACAAACGACAUGACAUACGAGUACACAUCCGAAACCUUCACAAAGACUUCGCGACUUCCAGUUCAUACUCAACGGCCUGAUGGCAGUCCUUUCGUGUGGUAUAGAUCCUGGAACCAUGAGCGCAUCACGAACGAGGCUAAAGCCUUGGAACUAGUCUCGAGGGAGACGGACAUACCUGUUCCGCAACUGCUUGGCCAUGGAACUUAUCCAGACGGUCGGAGGUAUUUGAAGACAAAGUUCAUGGAAGGUCCUCGUCUGGACACGUUUCCUAGCCGAAGUUGCUCAAAGCCAGAGGGACAGAAGCAUACAGACGAUACGCCAUGCAAAGACUGUUCAGACCAGGCUUAUAGAAAUGCUCUCGAGUUCAUUUCUGGCACGGUUUUGCCACAGCUCGCGACCAUGAAAUCCCAAUACCGGGGUAUCGAUGGAUUUGUUAUGCCCCCGUCUUGGCCAAGCCCUGACGUCCAGGCUCCGUGGAUAGGAAAAGAAUGCUGGAAGACUCUCCCCUUAAAACUGCCUGAGUACGUCUUCCAACAUGGCGAUAUUGCGGCUCACAACAUCAUAAUGGAUCCACGAACACUGGGGGUAAAGGCAUUGAUUGAUUUCGAAUAUGCUGGAUUUUACCCACCAGGAAUGGAGAAUUGGCCUGGAACGCUUUGUCCAGAUGCGUACAAUAGGCGUAGCAAAAGCAUAGCCCAUCUGAUAAAGCAAUUCCUUGCCACGGAGUACGUAGAAUGUUACGACAAGUGGAGCGACAAAAAGGGAUUACACGAGUUAAUCAAACUUGGGGAACUUCCGCCCCCAGAUCAAAUGAGGCAGGAUGGCACAGAGGAUUAA